CUGCCUCUGGCCCUGGGCCAGGAGAGCCCCUGAGGGUGCACAUAGCUCAAAGGGCAGCAGGAUCAGCACCGUGAGACCUGAGCGGGCAGGUGCCAUGGAGAAGAUGGUGGCACACCUGGUGCCCGCUCUCCUGUGCCACGACCCCUCUUACCUGCACACCUUCCUGUCUUCAUGCCGAGCUCUGGCCUCCACCCAGCAGGUGCUGGACCUGCUGUUCACCAGGUUCGGCUGUGUGCUCCCCUACUGUGAGGAGGAUGGUGGACCCCUGCACCAGCUCACAGUGGCCAUGUCCUCCCUCCUGGGCACCUGGCUACAUGAGCACCCCGAGGACUUCUACCAGCCUCCUGACUUCCCCUGCCUGAAGAUGGUGCUGGCUUAUGUGCAGCUAAACAUGGCUGGCUCCACCCUGGAGCAAGGGGCCCUCCUGCUUCUGGAGCAGCUGGAGCAGCUGGAGGCCACCCAGGAGCCUGAGGGGGAGGCGGGCAGGCUGGGUGCUGGGCUGUGGGCAGCAGGUCCUGGCAGGCCAGCCCCUUGGAGCUGCAGCUGUGAGUCCCUGCAGUCUGAGACCUGGGGCGUCUCUAAGGCUUGGCCCUCUGCUGAGCACACCUCCAGGAGCAUGAAGGCCCCAGCCUGCUCAGGGUCUCCAGCCAGUAGCAGGAGCAGCAGCCCCCCCUGCAGAGCUGCAGAGCCUCAGGCCCCAGCCCUGCCUGGAGCCCAGGACAAGAGCAAGGCCCCUCCCAGCUCCAGACUCUGA